CAUACAAUAGAGGGCCACAUCGAUGAUCAAACCCCGAGUCCCGACACAGUCAUUUAAAAGUACAGCUGAUUCCCCCAUCUCUGGGAAGACUAAAGUACAAACUUUUUAGACAAGAAAGUUACUCCAGGACGAUCAAGCAAACGCUUCCCACAAGCUUCCUCGUUAUCACUUAAACAAUAUAAUGACGUUCUCAUUUACAACAAAAACACCAUCGACUACAUCCAGUGACGGUACGGCAACAGGCAGGCAACAAUCGCCAUCCACAAAAUCCUGUAGGGACAUUAUUACAGCGACAGCAUCAGCAGCUAGCCAAAUCGAAGACCAAGAUUGGGAGCAGCCACAUUGGCUGCCAAACGGCCAACGAGCACUGAUCGUACGUCAACUCGAACCUACUGACGAGUCAGGAUCUAGAUCAAAGUCAGUCGAUGCGUAUACGCGUGAAGCUGCAUUCCGAGGUCUCGGUCUCGUCUGGGGUCGCAACAUCCCCCCCAGCGGAGUACCGAUCUCUUACCCUAUCACCGAGAUCACUAUCAUCACGCCCAACCGCAAGAGCAAUGGCGGGGAGGGCGACGGCGACGGCGGCGACGACGAUGAUGAUGGCGGUAAGACUGAGGUUACGAGGAUUUACAGAUGGGAUGGGAGUGAGAUGUGGCACGACCCUCUAUGCGGUUCUUCGACCUGCAUUGGGGCGUCCGGCGUAGAACUGUCUAUGCUCCCUUCUUUCAAGGUGGGGACACGACCGUCCUUGGCAGAUAUACCCUGUAACUCUCAACUUGCUUCAGUUACCACCAUGUUCGACAUGUUUGACAAUUUCGCAUACCUUGAUCCUUUCUCAGAAGUGGAAACUGGUAUCCCCAAGGACGUCCCCCUGACUGCUGUACCCAUGACACUCACGACGUUGAGCGGCAGGAAUGAUUUUAAACAUGGAAUCGGUCUGUUGGGAGAAGAGACUUUUCUCACACGUUUCCAUCAUCCGGAAUGUCAUUCUCGAUUUUGCGCUGGUUCUGGCACCGAAGAGCAAGCUAGGAUUGAACUUUUGGAUCCAUCAUCAUUCAAAAAUGGCCAGAAAGAGGGACGACGUUGUCGACCGGAUGUGUAUCUCGGUUUUGAUCCGGAAGGGCACAAAAUCCACCAAAAACGCUUUUCAAGCAGAAACAGCGAGAUUGAUUCGAUAUAUGACGCUGUGAGGGCAAUGGCAGAAAGAUUGCAGAAUGAUUACUCUAGACAUGGAGAUGAUUAUGGUAGAUGUAUAGCGCUAGAUAGACGAUAGAAUUGAAGUUGCUCAGU